AUGACCCAUGAAAUAUAUUCAUAUUCACUUCAACAAAUAGAUGAUUUAGAAUCUAAACUAAUCUUUGAUCUAUUUACUACUGAAAUUGCUUGGGAUUUAGGUAAUUUAGCAAGAUCAUUAGCUCAAGAAAAUUAUCCGAGAAAGUCAAUAAUUAUAGAUAUAACAUUAGUUGGUGGUCAAAAUUUAUUUCAUAGUGCCAUUAAUUCAGAUACGUCAAUUGAUAAUGAUUAUUGGGUUAAAAGAAAAUAUAACACUGUUUUUAGAUUUCAUAAAUCAAGUUUUUAUAUUGGCCAAAAAUUAAGACAAAAGGGUAAAUCUUUAGAAGAUGCUAAUUUUAUUUCAUCAAUUGAUUAUGCUACUCAUGGUGGUAGUAUACCAAUUAAAAUUAGAAAUUUUGAUGGUAUAAUUGGUGCAUUGACAAUAAGCGGUUUAGCACAAGAAGAAGAUCAUUUAUUAGCAAUUCAAAGCGUGAAAUUAUUUAAAGAACAAAGUUUAAAUUAUUAA